AUGACCUCAUCUGCCGAGUCUUCUCCUAAGAGGACUAAGACAAGUUGGAACCCUUUACCAGACGGUGGUCUAUUAGCAUCUGCCGUAACUCUGUGUAAAGCGACUCUGGGGGCCGGCAGUCUAGCACUACCUGGCUCAAUGAUGUCAACGGGUAUACCUCUCUCUGUGGUACUUCUCAUCGCCUUGGGCAUCAUGUCGAUGAUCUCAAUCAACAUGAUUGUCAGAGCACAGACCCAUUCUAAAAUGGAUACUUUUGAGGAGUUGGUUAGAGGAUACUUCAAUAACCUCACUGGCUAUCUUUUCGAAGUCGCUAUGGUCAUCUUUUGCUUUGGCACUGCAGUGGCGUACCUCAUCACAGUAGCAGAUCUCCUCAUACCAGUAUUCGGUAAAGCCUUCGGACCAGAACAUGCUGAUGCGGCUUAUGCCUAUCCUUUCCUGAAUCGUACGGUCCUCACGAUUAUCGUCGCUAUCUACUCAGAGCUGAUCCCCCGCAAGGAGUCCUCAAUGAGGAUCGUCUCGGCCAUCUCCGUAUCACUAUGCUUCUUCACAUACCUCACUAUUGGUAUUUUUGGUUUCCUAACCUACGGUUUGGCAACUGAAGGUUCUAUCGUCACCAACAUGACACAAGAGUUCAACAACGGUGAUGUCUUCGUCACGAUAGCCUUCAUCUUGAUGGCCUUGGCUGUUCUCGCCGCCUACCCCCUCAAUAUUUUCCCUAUCCGUGCUUCUGUAAAGGCAACGAUCCGAGGCAUCUCAGGUCGCACUACUCCUUUCCAAUGGUGGAUUGGUCCCCUCAUUGUGAUUAUAAGCAUCAUCCUCAGCGUGGUUGUCGCCAUCUACCUCCCAGACGUUCAGACUGUCCUCUACUUUGUUGGUUCCGUCACAGGCUCUUAUAUCGUCUACGUCGUCCCUGGAGGUUUCUGUGUGAGGCUACUGAAAUCACGCUUCUAUGCUGAGCAACUCCACCGAGCCCGCUUAGCCACCGUUGAGGAGUGUCCUUCUGAAGAAGCUAAGGAUGUCGAGAUAGUCAAUGAUAGCACUAAGAUUAAUGAUUCUACUGCUACAGUUGUGAGCAGAUCCAAGUUUGAUUAUUCAGCAGUUACAUCAUGGGGUAUGAUUAUUCUCGGUCUGGUAUUUUUUGUAGUUGGAUCGUAUCAAAGCGUUGUUGAUGUCAUCGAUUUCUAUAGCAGUUAA